AUGGCGAAGAUCAGACCACAGGUCAGAACCAGGGCAUGCAUGCCGGUGGCUGUCAGGCUCGAGACGGCAAGGGAUCUAAAAGGUUUCCCUAAAAAUAACCAAAGGGGUGUGAUUUUAAUAUCAACUGCUCAUUUUGCCAUCAUACUCCCGUUAUCUCAGCCUGCCCAGGAAGUCGAUGGAGCGCUAGCCAACUCCGGUAAGGCGCCGACUGGGGGGACGGUGGCUUAUGUCAGCAUGGCGGGUUGCGGAUGGGCUGAAAAUGGCGGCCUUGUGACAGCGCCGGCGAAGGGGACGGGCGGAGGGAUGGUGGACGGAGAAAAAGCAUAUGAAAGCAAGGUUGCGAGAUUAAUUAGUUAA